GUAGUUGGUUCAGACCCCCCGGGUCAGAGGAAUGACAAAUGCGUGGUGUUCAUAACUAGAGGUGUUGUUUUGUUUUUUUUUAACGAGUUUUACUUAUAUAAUAACGAUUUAAAAAUAAAAUAAAAAGCUUCCGUUAAAAAUCAUAUGGACAAGACAACACCGUAAGAACCUAAUUAUUAUAUUUUUUUGUUUUUACCGAUUUUGCCUCGUCACUUGAAAUGCCGUUUUUGUACUUCCGACACUGUUGCUGAACGGGUUGCUAACCAGUUAGCCAUGCUAACUAUCUAGCCUGUAUUCACAUCAAAAUAGUCAAAUAACAGGACAGGAAUAACGCAACGACUAAACUAAUAGACGCAGAUUCAUUCCGUGUCAUUUAACUCGUAAAAAUAGUAUAAAUUUACUACUUGAAUCGUCGACUUUUGUUGGUUGGAAAACAACCCGUUUUAAGUGAGCUAAGUUGUUAGCCACAUCACAACAUAACUACGGUGAGGACGGUCACCGGGAGCCUCCCGGUCCCCGCGUCUACAGACGGACAAUUAUGGAAGUUAAAUAAUUCUAAUAUAACCAACUCCUACAUUUCAUAUUGUUCAUUUAUAUAUAAAAUAAAACAUGUCAGCCAGUGGUUUCUCCGACCUGCGGGAAAAGCUGAAGUCCAUGACUCCUCACCGGGACAAUUACAAAAACAAAGUUACCGAUAAGGACGACAGCUACAAAAAUAGGAAAGUUAAAGUUACCGACGGAGGUAGUAGUAACGGGAACGGCCGGAAGCGGAAGCACCGAGAUUCCUCCGAGGAUGAGGUCGAGCCUGUGGAGUCCCGUGAGCAGGAGGCGAGGCGUGUCCAGAGUGGCAUUGUUCAGGUAGAGGUCUUCUCUAAAGAGGACUGUGAUGUCAUUGAGGGCAAGAUAAAUGAGGUGGUUGCUAACGGAGAAGCAGGGCUUUACCGGGAACACACCGUAGAUCGGGCACCGCUACGGAACAAAUAUUUCUUUGGAGAGGGCUAUACAUACGGGGCCCAGCUAGAGAAGAGAGGACCUGGUCAGGAGAGAUUGUACCCUAAAGGAGAGGUGGACGACAUCCCGACCUGGGUUCACGACCUCGUCAUCACUAAACUGGUCGCCAGCGGGGUCGUACCUGAAGGUUUUGUGAACUCAGCGGUGAUCAACGACUACCAACCAGGCGGCUGCAUCGUGUCACAUGUCGACCCGCUCCACAUCUUCGCCCGGCCAAUCGUAUCUGUGUCCUUCUUCUCAGACUCGGCCCUCUGCUUUGGCUGCCGCUUCCAGUUUAAACCAAUCAGAGUGUCUGAGCCCGUCCUGGAGCUUCCUGUCAGGAGAGGAAGUGUUACUGUCCUCAGUGGCUACGCGGCUGAUGACAUCACCCACUGUAUCCGCCCCCAGGACAUCAAGGAGAGACGAGCCGUCAUCAUCCUCAGGAAGACGAGACCAGAUGCUCCCCGUGUAGACCAGAGCCCCUCCCCUAACCCCUCCCCCCCUGAGAGACACGCCCCUCUGAAGGCCAAACGCUCUCACCGCAGAGCUGACCCAGACGCUGCACACAGACCGAGGGUUCUGGAGAUGGAUAAGGAGGAGAAUCGUCACUCCUCCUCUUCGUCCCGCCUUCAUCGCCGUAGCAACAGCUCCGAGAACUACUGGAGGCGGAGCCAAGACGGCGACGUGUCACGCAAGGUCAAGAUGCGGCGUCACUGAACACCGGACUGGAUGGGCUCAGAGAGAGAGAGAGAGAGAGAGAGUGUGUGUGUGUGAGUGAGGGCGUUGGAUCGUCAGUCUGUUAAACCCCCCCCUGCAUGCUUGGAUGGAUGGAACACGCCACGAGGCUGUCAGCCAAUCAGAGACUGGCCUGAGGACAGGGGGCGGGGUUACAGUAAGACUGUGGGAAAUUCUGUUGUUGCUACGCUGCCCCCCCCUGUUGCUACGCCGCCCCCCCCCCCCCUCCCAUGUCCUAGUAAACAGUGUUUCUGUAGGAACUAACUCCUCCGUGGUUCAUUGGACAGAGACCCUAUGGGGGAGAUGAAUGGUGUUUCUGUAGGAACUAACUCCUCCGUGGUUCAUUGGACAGAGACCCUAUGGGGGAGAUGAAUGGUGUUUCUGUAGGAACUAACUCCUCCGUGGUUCAUUGGACAGAGACGCUAUGGGGGAGAUGAAUGGUGUUUCUGUAGGAACUAACUCCUCUGUGGUUCAUUGGACAGAGACCCUAUGGGGGAGAUGAAUGGUGUUUCUGUAGGAACUAACUCCUCUGUGGUUCAUUGGACAGAGACCCUAUGGGGGAGAUGAAUGGUGUUUCUGUAGGAACUAACUCCUCCGUGGUUCAUUGGACAGAGACCCUAUGGGGGAGAUGAAUGGUGUUUCUGUAAGAACUAACUCCUCUGUGGUUCAUUGGACAGAAACCCUAUGGGGGAGAUGAAUGGUGUUUCUGUAGGAACUAACUCCUCCGUGGUUCAUUGGACAGAGACCCUAUGGGGGAGAUGAAUGGUGUUUCUGUAGGAACUAACUCCUCCGUGGUUCAUUGGACAGAGACCCUAUGGGGGAGAUGAAUGGUGUUUCUGUAGGAACUAACUCCUCCGUGGUUCAUUGGACAGAGACCCUAUGGGGGAGAUGAAUGGUGUUUCUGUAGGAACUAACUCCUCCGUGGUUCAUUGGACAGAGACCCUAUGGGGGAGAUGAAUGGUGUUUCUGUAGGAACUAACUCCUCCGUGGUUCAUUGGACAGAGACCCUAUGGGGGAGAUGAAUGGUGUUUCUGUAGGAACUAACUCCUCCGUGGUUCAUUGGACAGAGACCCUAUGAUGUUAACAGACUGAUAUUAUCAGAGAACCACAACGUGAAGACUUCAUCAUUAAGGUGAUGUUAACUGACUGAUAUUAUCAGAAUGUCUGAACGAAGCAGUAGGAAUGGCUGAACGAACCAGUAGGAAUGGCUGAACGAACCAGUAGGAAUGGCUGAACGAACCAGUAGGAAUGUCUGAACGAACCAGUAGGAAUGUCUGAACGAACCAGUAGGAAUGUCUGAACGAACCAGUAGGAAUGGCUGAACAAACCAGUAGGAAUGGCUGAACGAACCAGUAGGAAUGGCUGAACGAACCAGUAGGAAUGGCUGAACGAACCAGUAGGAAUGUCUGAACGAACCAGUAGGAAUGUCUGAACGAACCAGUAGGAAUGUCUGAACGAACCAGUAGGAAUGUCUGAACAAACCAGUAGGAAUGGCUGAACGAACCAGUAGGAAUGGCUGAACAAACCAGUAGGAAUGGCUGAACGAACCAGUAGGAAUGGCUGAACGAACCAGUAGGAAUGGCUGAACGAACCAGAGGAAAGUCAGAUCUUUCCCCAUAGGGUUUGUCCGUUAGUAUCUGUUCCCGGAUCAGUGAUCUACCCUGUCACCCUGAACCAUUAUAGGGAGGUAGUAUCUGUUCCUGGAUCAGUGAUCUACGCUGUCACCCUGAACCAUUAUAGGGAGGUAGUAUCUGUUCCUGGGUCAGUGAUCUACCCUGUCACCCUGAACCAUUAUAGGGAGGUAGUAUCUGUUCCUGGGUCAGUGAUCUACCCUGUCACCCUGAACCAUUAUAGGGAGGUAGUAUCUGUUCCUGGGUCAGUGAUCUACCCUGUCACCCUGAACCAUUAUAGGGAGGUAGUAUCUGUUCCUGGGUCAGUGAUCUACCCUGUCACCCUGAACCAUUAUAGGGAGGUAGUAUCUGUUCCUGGAUCAGUGAUCUACCCUGUCACCCUGAACCAUUAUAGGGAGGUAGUAUCUGUUCCUGGAUCAGUGAUCUACGCUGUCACCCUGAACCAUUAUAGGGAGGUAGUAUCUGUUCCUGGAUCAGUGAUCUACGCUGUCACCCUGAACCAUUAUAGGCAGGUAGUAUCUGUUCCUGGAUCAGGGUUUUCCAUAGCUCUGGUCCUGGGCGUUCCUCUGCUAACCGCCUGUAUCCAUGUACCCUGAUAAUCAUAGACAGAGUAGGGGGGGGGGCCCUCCGUCUGCCUGGGGGGGGACACCUACAGUAGUAACGCCUUGGACCAGAGCUACAUCUUCUUCUAGUUUCUCUAAGCCCCCCCCCCCCCCCCCCCCCCCCGUCCUGCAUGUUACGUUGUUUACUACAGGACCUGUUGUUACAGUCACCUCUUUUACUUCUACAUCUUUACCUGGACUUUCCCCAUUGGUUGAUCGUUAGUUAUUUUAUUGUUAGUUUGGCUGUUGGACAGGCGAGGGUAGGGGGCGGGGGGAGAGGGUAGGGGGCGGACAGGCGAGGGUAGGGGGCGAGGGUAGGGGGCGGGGGGCUCGUUCUCUUGUGGACAGAUGCACCUAACAUAAAUGGCAUAAGUAGCUGUCUGUCCACAGACUGUUGGAUUCGCGAGGAGCUGUUAUUUCCCCUGCGCUGAUCAAUUAGACAAAUCACCAAUUCUCAGGUGCUGAUUUGGCCCGUAGACUUAAUGAAACGUCAGAGGGGUGGAGAGGAGUCACGGCAGUACGUUUUUCAAACCCCUCCUCCCUCCAGCACUUUAAUUUGAGCAUCUGACAUCAUUAAACACACAGGAUUUAACUAAGGGGUGUAACCGUGGUUACAGCUAAACACCUGACCAGGGGCCACGUUCAGUCGCCGAACGUUGUGAAACGUGAGCAGCUAGAAAUGUCACGGAUAGAGCCGACCACGGUUCCUUAUUCUACGUCUGUCAGAGAGGCGUGUUUCUUCUACAUAGCAUAUUUCUACCUGAACGUUUUUCCACACCUUACGUCCCGCUGUAACCUUGGUAACCGUGUCAACACCCCCUUCACCGGUCCGACCGGCCAGUCAAACGUUCUGUUGCAUAUUCUAGAAAACAUAUAUCUAUGCUAUAUCCCUUUUUAUUGUUCAGCUCAAACGGCAUCCUGUUCCCUAGG